ACGCGAUGUGUGGAAGGAUAGCUGGCCCAGGUGUGUCAACCCCAAUGGCAGCCAUGGGACCACCCACCCUGGGCUCAGUGGAAAUGGAGAAGGUAACUUCUGAGUCUGCAGACAGGAGGAGAAGAUGAAGGAAGAUUGUCCACACAGUUCUCAAGUGCCUAUCAAUGACAACAAAUCCAUUCUAAAGUCAGAGCUCUUAACCCUGCUGAAAACCUACAACUGCUACCAUGAGGGCAGAAGCUUUCAGCUGAGACACCGAGAGGCAGAAGGGGCUCUGAUCAUCGAGGGGCUCCUCAACAUUGCCUGGGGACUGAGGCGGCCCAUCCGGCUUCAGAUAAAGGAUGAUAGGGAGCCAGUGCACCUCUCCUCAGUGUCAUUGGUACCUGGACAGUCCAGCUACCACCUAAAGGAGCCACCUCUUAAGGAUUUCUCUGCCCAGAGGCCAAGCAUUCAGCCCUCAGAGCAUAGGGCUGAGAGUUCCAGAGACAGCUCAGAGCCCCUGGAGGAGGAAAAGGAGGUCCCACAGCUUAUGCAUACCAAAAGUGAUGCAGGCUGUGUGAUCCAGAGGAGGCCCGGGUGCUGCACACCCACUGAGACCCAGAGGAUCCAGCAACACUGGUUCUCUAUCAAUGGACAUUUUUACAACCACAAGAUCUCUGAAUUUACUCCUGCAUAUGGGUCUGUGACCAACGUGAGGGUCAAUAGCACCAUGACUACCCUGAAGGUGCUCACCCUGCUGCUGAACAAGUUCUGAGUGGAAAAUAGCCCUAGUGAGUUUGCCCUCUACAUCAUUCAUGAGUCUGGGGAGUGGACAAAAUUAAAAGACUGUGAGUACCCACUGAUUUCCAGAAUCCUGCAUGGGCCAUGUGAGAAAAUUGCCAGGAUAUUUCUGAUGGAAGCCGACUUGGGUGAGGAAGUUCCCCAUGAUGUUGCUCGGUACAUUAAGUUUGAAAUGCCAGUGUUGGACAGUUUUGUUGAAAAAUUAAAAGAAGAGGAGCAAAGAGAAAUAAUCAAACUGACCAUGAAGUUCCAAGCCCUGCUUCUCAUGAUGCUGCAGUGCCUGGAGCAGCUGGUAGAGGCCAAGUAGACAGCUAUUGCUUCCUUCUUCCAAGGCCACCAGCAGCCAGUGCAUACUGAGUGCAAGUGACCAGGCCCUGAUUGACGGCCACCACCUGAGAAAUCCCGCACCUAUGCUUCUACCUGCCUACCUGUCUAAGUCCCAUAAGUCCCAUAUCCCUGGCUCUUGGCUCCACAGUGAAUGCUCACAGGACCCAGACACAGGCAUGAGCAGCAGGAACUGGCAGCAAACAGCCCUUACUCUGGUGGCUAGAUGGCAUGACUAGCUCUGUUCACAUUAUACCUCUCCUGAUUAGGAGAGCAGUAACUUAUCCAAGCUCCUGAAGUCUGGGUUUCAUCUGUUUUCCUGGUUCCUGCCUCAAAGCUCCCUCAGGGCCAUGGUCCCUGUCCUCAUCAGCCAGAUAAACCACGAGAUCCCUGUCUGUCUUCACUUCAUGCUGCCAUAUAGGACCUCUGCUGGGAAAAACAGGCUGCCUGCAGAUAUGGAGUGUGCCCAGCUCCCAGCCAUCACUUCACCUUGGCCUCCAAGCAUCUGAUAUCACCCAUGAGCCUCAUACAGCCCAGUGCCUCAGAGGUGGAGGCCAGACCAGGAAUAAGACCAUGAGUAUCGUGUCUUCUCUCUGCAGCACUAACUAUGAACUUCUUCAGCAAUACCUGAAGGAAUUCUUAGAAGGAACUCACUGCAAAAAAAAAAAAAAAAAAUGCCAGUUUGAUCACAUGAAGGAAGUGGCCCACAUGGUACUGAAAAUAUGACACUCCAUGUGGGCAAUAGUCCAGGGUCCAGCAGCUGCCUAGCAGCAGCUCAAGAAGGCUUCUAUCAGUCCCCAUGUCCACUGCCCCUCUCUAGGCUGUGUCUCUCUGCUCUCAGUACUUCCUGUCAAAGGGGUGCGAUGAGAAGAAAUGUCAGUUUAAAGAUAAAGGACUUUGAAUUCCCUGGGUCCAGAUACUAAACAAUUUGGGUUUGUCAGCUGAUGGAGAAUUUCUAAAACAAAUAAGUCUCCUUUGCAAAAUAAUGCAACAGAUUACAUCAGUCAUGUGGUAUUUGUCAGCAAGCUGAAGACCAAAUUCUUUUUCCACUGUGGCCUGUGGAUAGCAGACUUAAAGGGGAAGAACCGCAAUGGCUUCCAAUAUGGGUGGGAUUCCAUCUCUGCUUCCAGUGGUGUCUCCUCACUGGCACCCAUGAGGAGCAGAGGUUGGGGGCUGCCAUGUGGUGUAGACCCACUGUUCAGGGUAAGCUCUAGAUAGGAUAUGUCCUGCCAUUUCAUUGUCACAGAGGCAGGCAGAGAGAUACAGGGUGGCCCUGCCACAGUUUCUGUUGUCUGCCUCCUAUGACAGCAGUUUCCUAGGUGGUCAAUAAAGGUAUGUUCUACUGAAUGGAAGGA